GCGGCAACUGUGAGGGAAGGCGGGGAUGAGGUAGCCGUCGCCGGCAGAUUCGGGCGCGCCGCUUCCUCCCUCUGCUCCUCGCAUGUGCCUUAAGAGCAAUACGGAAACCUUCGCCUGCGGGAGCCAUGUCUGAAAACGGCUCCACGCCCGCCGCCGCCACCAUCCCCAACGGCGGGGCCGCCUCCCGGCACCCCGGCAAUAAAGUGGCCGUGGUGCUGGGGGCACAAUGGGGCGACGAGGGCAAAGGGAAAGUGGUGGACUUGCUGGCGCAGGACGCGGACAUCGUCUGCAGGUGCCAGGGAGGCAACAAUGCUGGGCAUACUGUCGUAGUAGAUUCUGUGGAAUAUGAUUUCCAUCUCUUACCCAGUGGUAUCAUCAAUCCAAAAGUUACGGCUUUUAUUGGAAAUGGUGUGGUAAUUCACUUGCCAGGAUUGUUUGAAGAAGCAGAGAAAAAUGUUAAAAAAGGAAAAGGAUUGGAAGGUUGGGAAAAAAGAUUAAUUAUAUCUGACAGAGCUCAUAUUGUAUUUGACUUCCAUCAAGCUGCUGAUGGCAUCCAGGAACAACAAAGACAAGAGCAAGCAGGAAAGAACUUGGGAACUACAAAAAAGGGAAUUGGUCCAGUGUAUUCUUCUAAAGCAGCUCGAAGUGGGCUCAGAAUGUGUGAUCUAGUUUCUGACUUCAAUGAAUUUUCAGAAAGAUUCAAAGUGUUGGCCAACCAGUACAAGUCUGUUUACCCUACCUUAGAGAUAGACAUUGAAGGAGAAUUGAAAAGAUUGAAGGGUUACACUGAAAGGCUCAAACCAAUGGUGAGAGAUGGUGUAUACUUUAUGUAUGAAGCUUUACACGGCCCACCAAAGAAAAUUUUAGUAGAGGGUGCAAAUGCAGCACUACUGGACAUUGAUUUUGGAACUUAUCCUUUCGUGACCUCAUCAAAUUGUACCGUGGGAGGUGUUUGCACUGGCUUGGGUAUGCCACCACAGAACGUUGGUGAAGUAUAUGGAGUUGUGAAAGCAUACACAACUAGAGUUGGAAUUGGUGCCUUUCCCACAGAACAAGACAAUAAAAUUGGAGAAUUACUGCAGACACGUGGGAAAGAGGUUGGUGUGACCACAGGUCGGAAAAGAAGAUGUGGCUGGCUGGAUCUUGUGUUACUUAGAUACGCUCACAUGAUCAAUGGAUUUACUGCAUUGGCUCUUACCAAAUUGGAUAUUUUGGAUGUAUUUCCAGAAAUUAAAGUUGGUGUUGCUUACAGAAUAAAUGAUAAAAUCAUACCUCAUUUUCCAGCAAACCAAGAAGUCUUAAAUAAAGUAGAGGUUCAGUAUGAGACCCUCCCAGGAUGGAACACAGACAUAUCAAAUGCAAGGACUUUUGAUGAACUGCCUGUAAAUGCACAAAACUAUGUUCGAUUUAUAGAAAUGGAACUAGGAAUUCCUGUUAAAUGGAUUGGAGUAGGAAAAUCCAGGGAGUCGAUGAUUCAGCUCUUCUAAAGAUACUAGAUAAAUGGAAGAAAAGAAAGCACACUCCACAAAGAGACUGUCAAUUCUUAUAUCUAUUAUUCUCAACCUAAGCAGCAAUGAUUUUUGGAAGUUGGACAUUGUAUUAAAGAGCUAAAGAUGGUCUGGACAAAUAAUUGUUACUGCUGUAAAAGACUUUGGCAACUAUCAGUAUCACUUCACAAAUUCCAGGGCAUUUGUCACUAUUGCCACCAUUUGUCAAGGUGCCACCAGAUUUUUUUAUUCUUCAGAUGUUUGUCCCAACACUACCUUUCUAAAUCAAAGGUUGUACAUUACUUUCAUGACCAUAUGUCUUGUCUCUGCUUUUGGUGGUGGUACUUCCUGAAAUUUUAGAUGCUUAAAAUAAUUAAUGCAGUUUUGCACAGAGUUUUACAUCCUCAUUUGUACUCCUAAAGCUGUUGUUACCUGUAUGGCUGCUGUAGUAGUGUGUGAUUAAAGAGAGGGAUGAUUUUAUAAUGAUGAAGAAAACUCUUUUUUGUUACAGGUUUUUAUUAAAACUAUUAUGAAAUGAUAGCUUGGAAGGGAUGUUUAAUAUGUAAACAGUGCAACAACUUAAAUUAUAAAGUAAGAUACAGAAAACAUAUUGUAGGUCUAUUAUACUCACUACUGAAAGGAGUUCAUUAAUACAUUUUUAGCUGUUACGAUA